AUGCCUUCGUUCGCUCUAGCCUAUAAGUACUUGUUGACUGUGCGGACUGCCAGGGCAACGCCUACUGCUGAGGCUGUGAUCACUAUAGUCGCUAACCUGAAGAUGUCGCCUAUUGAACAGCUGCUAUUGACUGCUCCAGCAGGCUUCGCAUUCACCUCAAACUGCCUUGUGGCGACGACUACCACUGUGGAGGAAGAGACUGGCUCGUUGACAGGAGAGUCAACGGUGACCUGCCCCGAGGUUCUAUCUCAAUCGAGACCGUACUGGACCAUGCAAGGUCUCGCCCAGCAAAGCGAUACCGGUCUCGAGGAUAUCAUAGGUUGGGGCGUAGACUUCACUGGUUUCGAUAUCACUGCCAUGUCUCAUGCGCGAUUCCACUACCCUAGAGUGGUACGAGCAAAUCCGCGUGGAUCUGCCGUCCUCGGCAACAGCAACAUGUGUAUCGUUCGCGAGGCUGAGCUUGAUAGAGAGUGA